CCCGUUGGCGCCGCCGCUGCACGCAACACGUCGCUCGCCGCUCGCAGAGCACUCGCCUGGUAGCUACCCUCCCUCUCCAUCUUCAAUCUUCACUCGGCUCUUCUUCCCUUACAGUCGCUGUCGCCUCUCCCAGCUCAGUGCCGCAGUCGCCGUUUUUCUCCACUCGUACUGCUGACGUCUUUUUAUGCUCUGGCCUCCUGGUCUCUCUUCGCUUGGGUGAGGGCUGGCAUUGUGUAGAAGUUUAUCUGAGUUGAAGGACUACUGCAAUGACCAUCGAUUGUCUCGUUCUUGGCGCUGGGCAAGAAGUUGGGAAGAGUUGUGUGGUCGUCACAAUCAAUGGAAAGCGAAUUAUGUUUGAUUGCGGCAUGCAUAUGGGUUAUCUAGACCAUCGUCGAUAUCCUGAUUUCUCUCGCAUCUCUGCAUCUCGCGAUUACAAUACUGUUCUCUCCUGUGUCAUCAUUACACACUUUCACCUGGACCAUAUAGGUGCUCUUCCAUACUUCACCGAAGUUUGUGGCUAUAAUGGACCCAUUUACAUGACGUAUCCAACAUUGGCUUUGGCUCCUUUAAUGUUGGAGGACUACCGGAAAGUGAUGGUUGACCGAAGGGGUGAAGCAGAGCAAUUUAGUAAUGAUCAUAUUAUGGAGUGCAUGAAAAAAGUUAUACCUGUGGAUUUGAAGCAGACUAUACAGGUUGAUGAAGAUCUUCAAAUUCGUGCUUACUAUGCUGGACAUGUUUUAGGAGCUGCCAUGUUUUAUGCUAAAGUUGGAGAUGCUGCUAUGGUAUACACAGGAGACUAUAAUAUGACACCUGAUAGACACCUUGGAGCAGCUCAAAUCGAUCGAAUGCAAUUAGACCUUCUAAUAACGGAGUCUACAUAUGCAACAACAAUCCGUGAUUCCAAAUACGGCCGUGAGAGAGAAUUUCUUAAAGCUGUUCAUAAUUGUGUGGCUAGUGGAGGGAAGGUCCUUAUUCCUACUUUUGCACUUGGACGGGCUCAGGAACUCUGUAUCUUGUUGGAUGACUAUUGGGAGCGCAUGAAUCUAAAGAUUCCAAUAUACUUUUCAGCAGGUUUGACUGUUCAAGCUAAUAUGUACUAUAAAAUGCUCAUCAGUUGGACCAGCCAGAAGGUUAAGGAGACAUACACGACAAGGAAUGCUUUUGACUUUAAGAAUGUUCAAAAGUUCGACCGUUCUAUGAUUGAUGCUCCUGGGCCUUGUGUUCUCUUUGCUACACCAGGGAUGAUUAGUGGUGGGUUUUCUCUUGAGGUUUUUAAGCGCUGGGCACCUUCUAAAUUGAAUCUUAUCACAUUACCCGGGUAUUGCGUGGCCGGAACUAUUGGACACAAGUUAAUGUCCGGAAAACCCACCAAAAUUGAUCUGGACAAGGACACCCAAAUUGAUGUGCAAUGCCAGAUUCACCAACUGGCAUUCAGCCCACAUACUGAUUCCAAAGGAAUCAUGGAUCUUGUGAAGUUCCUUAGUCCCAAGCACGUGAUACUUGUACAUGGAGAGAAGCCUAAAAUGGUUACUUUAAAGGAGAGGAUUCAUUCAGAACUGGGAAUCCCAUGUCAUGAUCCUGCAAAUAACGAGACUGUAUCCAUUUCUUCAACUCUUUCUAUCAAAGCAGAAUCCUCAAGCACGUUUAUUCAGAGUUGUUCAACUCCCAAUUUCAAAUUUUUGAAAAGAAACUUGAAUGAUAAGAUUAAUUCAAAAGAGUUAAGUUCGAAAGAAGGAGGAACUUCAAGCAUGUUUAUACGCAGACGCUCGAAUCCCCAUGUCAAGCAUUUGAAUAGAAAUCUUGACGAAAAGUUUGAUUCUAGUUUAAGUUGUGGUCCAGAGAUAGAGGUAAGUGAUGAUAGAGUGAAUGAAGGGAUCUUGGUGAUGGAAAAAGGUAAAAAAACAAAGGUGGUACACCAGGAUGAACUAUUACUUCUCUUGGGAGAACAAGAGCAUGAGGUUAGGUUUGCUAACUGUAGUCCUAUAUAUUUUGGAAGCUUAGAUGAUACCCAUGUCAUAGUUUGCAUAUCUAGAAAAUCUUUAUGGCUUUCCCAGCUAUCUUCAAAGCUUUCAAGUGAACUUUCAGACAGGAAUGUUCAAAAUUUUGGGGAGUAUCUUCAAGUUGAAUCAUUUACACUGUCCAUUUGCUCAAAGGAAAGUUGCCCUUACCGAACUACAAACAGAAUUGAAAAUGAAUCUGCUGCAGCAUUCUAUUGCUGUAGUUGGCUAGUCGCAGAUGAAGUCCUCGCAUGGCAAAUCAUUUCCAUCUUGGAGAAGCAUGAUCUCAGUUCAACAUGAAGGGGCCUAUUAUGCAUGGUUUCCUUACAUAAUUAACAUGGAAGCUGUAAUUCUACAUGAGGUUAGCUCAAUUGAUGACUUGUUUGACAAAGGAAAUGAUUUGCUUAUCACGAGUACUCGGGGUUGAUGUUCAUGUUCAUAGUCGUAUACCAAAUCUGGAGGUUUAAGUUACGAAUCAUUGGUUCUGAAAGAUUUGAAUAUGGUUGAAACUGGCAUCGAUGUUAAUAGGUUUUUUUUUUUUUGUUUAUUUGCUCUAUAGUCCCAUUGCC